AUGUCUAAUUCUGAGUUCAAGUCCUUAGGAUGUUCAAAAUGGUUAGUGGAAGCAUUAAAUGCGAUGAAAAUCGUGCAGCCCACUGCGAUUCAAAAGGCUUGUAUUCCUGAGAUUUUGAAAGGGCGUGACUGUAUAGGUGGUGCCAACACCGGUAGUGGUAAGACUAUUGCUUUUGCAGCUCCGAUGUUGACCAAAUGGUCCGAGGACCCUCAAGGUAUGUUUGGGAUCGUCUUAACACCUACCAGAGAACUUGCGAUGCAGAUCGCAGAGCAGUUCACAGCAUUUGGAAGUGCUAUGAACAUCAGAGUCGCAAUAGUAGUUGGUGGUGAGAGCAUAGUGCAACAAGCUAUCGAAUUACAGAAACGACCACAUUUCAUAAUAGCCACACCAGGUAGAUUAGCACACCAUGUCCUGAAUAGCGGGGAAGAUACCAUUGGAGGGCUAAAAAGAGUAAAAUUUCUGGUACUAGAUGAAGCCGAUAUAUUAUUGACGGAAACGUUCAGUAAGGACCUUGCUACAUGUGUAAGUAUUUUACCACCGAAAAACAAAAGACAGAAUCUCCUUUUCACUGCUACUAUGACAGACCAAGUGAAAGCUUUAUCAGACGCUCCACAGACGGAGGGCAAACCUCCUGUGUUUACUUUUGAGGUUGAGUCUGUUGAUAACGUCGCCAUUCCGAAGACAUUAGAGACGACAUAUUUGCUAGUCCCAGAGCACGUUAAAGAGUCAUACUUAUACCAGAUAUUGACCAGUGAGAAAUACGUCAAAUCAAGUUGCAUUAUUUUCGUUAAUCGUACCGUAACGGCUGAAAUCUUAAGAAGAACUUUGAAAUCUUUAGAUGUAAGAGUCACGUCACUUCAUAGUCAAAUGCCACAACAAGAAAGAACGAACUCUGUACAAAGAUUCAGGGCACAAGCUGCGAGAGUUCUUAUCGCUACUGAUGUCGCUUCUAGAGGUUUGGAUAUCCCUAUUGUUGAACUUGUUGUAAACUAUGAUAUUCCUGGCAACCCAGAUACUUUCAUUCAUAGAGCUGGUCGUACAGCGCGUGCCGGACGCCAUGGUGAAUCACUAUGUUUUGUAACAGAAAAGGAUAUUCAAAGAGUAGAGGCAAUUGAGGAAAGGAUUAAUAAAAAGAUGGAAGAGUUCACCGAUGUAGGUGAUACAGCCGUGAUUAGGAAGUCGUUAACUAAGGUUACAGCAGCAAAAAGAGAAAGUCUCAUGGCCAUGGAUAAAGAAGGUUUUGGUGAAAGAAGGAAACUCCAAAAGAGAAAGAAUGAAUCCAAAGAAAAGACUCAUAGACGUACAUAA